AUGUUUAAGCUAAGAAAAUUAAAAGCCUAAGACUUUUAGCUUAUCUCUGAUAAAGUGCCAGCUACUUUACAGAGCAUUGAAUAUAAAUGCUAAAUCAUAAAUAACAUUCUUAAUAUAAACUUAUCCUAAACUUUCAUUAGUAAAUCAAUCAAUGAAUACUCUUAGACUGUUUACUUUUUCCCAAUUGAAGAAGGGGUUUGCUUAGAAUCCUUCGAAGCUAAAUAUGAUUAAAAAACCAUCAAAGGUAUUGUUAAAGAUAAAACUGAAGCCAAAAAAGAAUAUCAUCAAAACAAGAAUUAAGGGAAUUUUGUUUCAUAUGCUCAGACUUAAACUAUCAAAGAUCAAGAUUACUGCAAAAUUCUAUUAGGAAACUUACCUCCAAAUAAACAUGUAGAAAUAACUCUCGUUUUUACUUAAUAGUUAAGCAGUAUGUUAAAUAAGUAUUUUAUUGCUAAUAUUCCUCUGAUAUACUGCGAAGAUGAAGUUUCAGCUAAAUUAGGUAAGAAUGCCUUAACACUUGAUCUAUUCUGCACAGGUAAAAUCUCUUAUGCAGAGUCUAGAGGCUAUCCAGUAGAAAAAAUAAUGAUUGAUGAUAACACUGCAAGAUUUAAUCUAAGUCAUGCUCUUUUGUAGAAAGACAUAGAUUUCUAGCUUAUAUUUUCUUAUGAAGGUAUGUUUGAUCCUCAAGUAAUUCUAGGAUCUAGCAAAAUAUUUCACUAAGACUCAGUUAAAAGCGCUAUCCUUCCUGUAAGUCACUCUGCAAUGGUUUCAUUUGUUCCUAAUUUCAAUGAAGAAAUAACAAAAGAAAUAGAUGACACUAUUAGAGCUGCAAUAAAUAAUGGAGAUAAUAUCCUAAGUGAUGAAUUUUAACAAAAAUUAAACUAAGAAUUAGUUGAUCACUUGAAUUCUUCAAGAAGUGAAUUUAUCUUCCUCUUGGAUAGAAGUGGAUCAAUGAGUGGCUAACCUAUUGAUAGAGCUUGUCAAGCUCUUACAUUAUUCUUAAAAAGUCUUCCAACUGAUAGCUACUUUAAUGUUAUCAGCUUCGGUUCGAGUUUCAAAUUACUAUUUCCUCAAUCAGAAAAGUACAAUAGUUAAAGUUUGGAAAAAGCCAUUUCAAAUAUCAGUAAAUAUAAAGCUGACUUAGGUGGAACUGAAAUUUAUAAACCAUUAAAAAAUGUAUUUGUACAAAAUAAGAUUCAAGGAUAUAACAAACAAGUAUUCUUAUUGACUGAUGGUGAAGUAGAUUCGCCUGAAUAAGUUAUAAGUCUUAUUAGAAAGAAUAACAAGUUUAGUAGAGUUCAUUCUAUUGGUUUUGGUUCAGGAGCAGACUAGUAUUUAAUAAAUUAGAGUGCAAUAGCAGGGAAAGGUAUUUCAAAAAUUGUUGACCUUAAAUGUGAUUUAUCUGAAGUUAUAAUUAAUAUGCUCUCUAUGUGUAUAACUCCCACAUUUGAUGAUUUCAGUAUUAUGUAUGAUAAAUCCGUUUUCGAAUCUACAUAUCCUUCUAGCACAAAUUUUCCUUGCGUUUUCAAGGAUGAAAUAAUUAAUAUUCAUUUCUUUUUCAAACCUCUAGUAGAUUUGGCAAGCUUGACUGAUGAAUAGAAAAGAAUUUAGAUUGAAUAUUACGACUCUCGCAAAAAACAAAAAAUUUAGAAAGAAAUAAAGCUCGAGAUGUAAGACAGCUUUACAUGUAAUCCUCAACUACAAUAGUCUGUUUUUAAAAUUGGAAAAUAAUUGUAUUUGAAUGAAAAUCUUUCAUUAUAAAAUGAUAAUAGUUAAUAAUUAGUUUAGUAAGCUAUCGACUACCAGCUUCUUACUCAAAGAACAGCUUUGAUAUGCGUAAUUGAAACAUUAAAUGAUGAAUAAAAAAUCAUGUUUGAAAACAUAAGCCAUAACAAAACUUAUGAAAAUUCUAGAUUUGAAAAAGAUGAUUUAGAUAGUUAAGAUGAUGAUGAAGAAGAAGAAGAUAAAGAUUUCAGUUAAAUGAAAAUCAUGAAAAAAUGCAAAGUUAGGGAUAUGAAUCAAAAAUUGUCGUCUUCUAUAAAAUAUUUGCCAAAAAAUAAAAUUUAGAGUCCAUCAUUUAACACUUCUUAGCAUAUUUAGCAUUAUGAAGAUUAAUCUUUCAAAAGCAUUUCUAAGCCUUAAUCUGCAAUUGAUUAAGCUUCAAGCCUUCUUGAUGAAGUAGAACCUAGAAGAAGAGCUAUGAAGAAAUCUAAACAAAUGAAUUCACUAGAAGAAAAUAGUUGUGAAUCCGAGUAGAAAAAUUAGUUUGUAAAUAAUUUAAAAAAUAUUGAAUCAGGUUCAGAUGAAUCUAGUAGUGAAAGUGAAAGUGUAAGUGAAUGUAGAAAAUUCGCAUUUUAAUCAAGUACUUAACAAAAUAAGAAAGAAAAAAAGACUAAAUCCAAAGAGUUGAAAGAUGAUGAGAAAUGUAAAAGAGUAGAUUAAAAUAAAUAAUAAAAUAUAACUUUACCAAAGCUAUAAUAUCAAACCACUCAUUCCUUACUAAAACUUGAAGAUUUACUCAAUUUGGUAAAUUCUGAAGGAAUUUGGUAAUUUGAUGAAAAUUUAAUUACAAAACUAUCUCAAAUAGAUUUAACUAAAGUUAAAUAACUCACUACUUCGUUUGCAACCUGUGAUGCUUUUAUGACUUUAUUCAUAUUAGUAAUCCUUGAGAAUAAAUAUGGCCAAGAGAAAUCCAAAUGGAUUCUUAUCUCUAAAAAAUCUUUAAGUUUUAUUAAAUCUUAAAUUAAAGAAGAAGGAGACUUUAACCAAUUAAAAUUAUAAAUUCAACAAUUAUUAUAAAUUUGA